UUGUCUAUUUAGUAAUGCUGGAAGAUCGUAGUAGAAACAGCUCAUAAUCACUAAUGCAAUGGGUUUCCGGCCCGCUCGGGCUCCGGGCAGUGGGUUGCUCGGCGGGAACCCCACAUCACCCUCGUCCAUUAAAACCACCGCUUCCUCCUCGACCCUCGUCCCCCACCUCGACCCUCCACUCCUCCUCCUCCUCUUCCGCCUCCUCCUCCUUCACCACCGUCCUUCUUCUGCACUACCCACCAUGCUCACCCAAAGACUACGUGCAGCAGCCUACCGUGGCCUCCGUCGGGACCUGGUUCGCCUCAGUUCGCGCGCCAGCCCGUUCUCGACCUCGUCCGUCCGCAUGGUGGACUACAUCACCACCCACGACAAGAUCGCGAACCCGCAAAACACAAAGAUGUUUAUCGACAACCAGCUGGUCGAGAGCAAGGCCUCCACCUGGAUCGACCUGCACGACCCGGCCACAAACAAUAUCGUCACGCGCGUGCCGCAAUCGACCCCCGACGAACUUGUCGCCGCAGUCGACUCGGCAGAGAAGGCGUUCAAGACCUGGCGCCGAACAACGCUGCUGACGCGCCAGCAGAUCAUGUUCAAGUUCGUGCAGCUCAUCCGCCGCGACUGGGACCGGCUCGCGGCCAGCAUCACGCUCGAGCAGGGAAAGACGUUUGCGGAUGCGAGAGGUGAUGUGUUGAGAGGUCUGCAGGUUGCCGAGACCGCGUGCGGGAUUACGUCGCAGUUGACUGGCGAGUUGCUCGAGGUCUCGAAGGAUAUGGAGACUAGGAGCUACAGAGAGCCUUUGGGCGUUGUUGCUGCGAUCUGCCCCUUCAACUUCCCGGCCAUGAUCCCUCUGUGGUGUUUGCCUCCUGCAAUCAUCACCGGAAACACCGUCGUCAUGAAGCCCUCCGAGCGCGACCCCGGCGCGGCACUCAUCAUUGCCGAGCUCGCAAAGGAAGCCGGUGUCCCCGACGGUGUUUUCAACAUCGUCCACGGCUCCGCGCCCACCGUCGACUUUUUGAUCGACGAGCCGCGCAUCAAGGCGAUCUCGUUCGUCGGCAGCGACAAAGCCGGCGCGUACAUCUACAGCCGCGGAACCGCGAACGGCAAGCGCGUGCAGGCCAACCUCGGCGCGAAGAACCACGCAAUCAUCAUGCCGGACGCCAACAAGUCGCAGGCGUUGAGCGCGAUCGCGGGCGCGGCGUUCGGUGCCGCGGGACAGCGAUGCAUGGCGGUGUCGGUGAUGGUGACGGUCGGGAAGUCGAAGGAGUGGGUUGGCGAUUUGAUUGAGAUGGCCAAGAAGCUUGUCGUCACGGGCGGAUUUGAGCCGGAUGCUGAUCUCGGGCCGGUGAUUUCGCCGCAGUCGAAGGCGCGCAUCGAGGGACUGAUCCAGUCUGCGGCCGACGACGGUGCCGAGAUCGUGCUCGACGGACGCGGAUAUAAGCCUGCAAAGUACCCGAACGGCAACUUUGUCGGGCCGACGAUCAUCACGGGAGUCAAGCCCGGCAUGGCCUGCUACGAGCAAGAGAUCUUUGGUCCGGUUCUAGUGGUUGUCAACGUCGACACGCUCGACGACGCGAUCGAGCUCGUGAACGCGAACCGGUACGGCAACGGCGUCGCGAUCUUCACAAAGUCCGGUCCCGUGGCGGCCAAGUUCCAGCGCGAGAUCGAGGCGGGCCAGGUGGGUAUCAACGUGCCGAUUCCGGUGCCUUUGCCGAUGUUUUCGUUCACGGGAAACAAGGGCUCGAUUUUGGGUGAUUUGAAUUUCUACGGAAAGGCGGGGCUGCAUUUCUAUACGCAGCUUAAGACUGUGACUGCGCUGUGGAAGAGCGAUGAUGCGGAUGCGGUGGACAAGGCGAGUGUGAACAUGCCUACGCAGAGUUAAUUGCAGACAACAAAAGUUGGAGA